ACGACCUGGGGAGGGGCCGCGAGAGGCUGCCGGAGGCGGUGCACGGGUCAGCCGCGGCGCAGGUCACGCGGCGCCGGUCACCUCGGCGCCAUGGAGGAGGACCGCUUCCACAGGGCCGCUCGGGACGGCUAUCUGGACCUGCUGCACGAGGCGAGCAAGCGCGACUGCAAUGCGCAGGAUGAGGAUGGCAUGACGCCGACGCUGUGGGCCGCCCACGAGGGACACCUGGACGCGCUCCGACUGAUCGCCGGCCGUGGGGGUGAUCCGGACAAAUGCGACAACUACGGUAACACGGCCCUGCACUGCGCAGCGGCCAAGGGUCACAUGAACUGCGUCAGCUUCCUGGUGAACUUCGGCGCCAACCUGUGGGCGCUCGACAACGACUUCCACACGGCCAAGGACUUGGCGGCCAUCCGCAGCCGCGAUGACGUGCUGCGCUACCUGGACACAGUCAUCGCCAAACAGGAGGCGCUCAACAAGAAGGUCGCCCGGUCGCUGAAGGAGAAGGCCGUCAAAGAGGCAGAGAAGAGGGUCAAGGAAUAUGACAAGAUACAGAAGAAGCUGGACCGUAAGGCGGCCAAGGAGGAGCAGCGAAUGCAGCUGGAGCGGCAGAAGAUGGAGCAGCACGCCGGCGACGAGGCGGCGCCGGCGGAGGCGCCGGAGAGCGCGCCGGCCAAGACGCGCAGCAUCGUCUCCACCAUCUCGCGCGGCACGGCCGGCCUGCUCGGCCUGCACAAGGAGAAACCUCACGUGAGCGGCCAGACGCCCAGGUUCUCCGAGCUGACGAACGCCGGGGCGGCCGCCAACCGGAACCGCAUGCUGCCGGGCGGUGUGAACCGUCGUCUGCAGCAGCGGCGCAACAACAAGUUCGAGGAACAGAACUUCACGGUGUCCGACAGCGCCAACGGCACCAAGUCGGUGCGCAGUCUGUCCGGCCUGAAGCGGGACGAUCAGAUCAUGUACGUGCAGAAGUACGAGGAGGAGGGCUCGGGCGCCGACGGCCCAGGCAAGCGGGGUAAGCUGACGGACCUGGAUUUCAAUCAGUCGGGGGCGGCUGCCGAGCAGUCGCUGUUCGACCGACCCGGCUUCGGCAACGUCGCCUUCAGGAGAAACAUAAACUCGGCGCUGAGUCAGCUACCCGAGGACCGGGAGGUCAAGUCAGGUCAGGAGGACAGCAUCGGCUCCGCCGGCAGCCUCACCGGAAAGCAGAACCCCUGGGACGAAGAGGACCUUCCAAGCGAUGACGAGGUGGAGGAGAUGAACCCGGAGACGUCGGCGCUGCACCUGGUGCUGACGUCGGCCGGCCUGGCCGAGUUCAUCCCAACGUUCACGCGCGAGCAGAUCGACCUGGCGGCACUGGCGCUGCUCUCCGAGGCCGACCUGGCCGAGCUGGGCCUGCCGCUCGGGCCGCGCCGCAAGCUGCUCAAGGCGCUCAGCGACCGGGAGGCGGCGCUGGCGCAGCCCGGCGAGAUCACCGACACGCAGCUCUGAGAGCGCGACGCCGGCGGCACUCUCGCCAGCGCUGGGCGCGGGAACCGAGAGCUGCGUGUGUGUGAGAGGAGGCGAGAGGUGAGCUAGCUCACGGCCUGCGGUCGGCAUGGGCCGGGCCA